AUGGUUAUUUUCUCGACUUCUGUCACUUCCUCAACCAUGGCUUCUCUGGGGAGUACUAUGCCACUAUGGCGGAGUAUAGCGCCUCGCUUGGCCAAAGAUCUAUUUACUUGUCGCCAAUGCCUCCGGAGUCAGGGCUACGCAGCCAAAUCCAUUCGUCAAUUCGGCUCAAUUCCCUCUCGCCAACCCAGCAAGAUUCAAUCGACUUUCCUGAACGAUAAGAAUCGCUCAUUCUUCACUUCCAGCAUCAAGCGAUCGACUGCCACGCCAAGUGUCACCGAAGCAAUUGAAGAGGGCGCCGCAAAGACCAAGUCCAGCUUCCCCAAAAUCAGUGAUAAGGCAGUCGCCUACUGGCUCCUCGGCAGCGCAGUUAGCGUUUUCGGAAUUGUGGUCUUCGGUGGCCUGACACGUUUGACAGAAUCAGGAUUGAGUAUCACCGAAUGGCGACCUGUUACCGGCUCCCUCCCUCCCAUGAACGCGGAACAUUGGGAGUCUGAGUUUGCGAAAUACCGCGCGUCUCCCGAAUUUCAACUGUUAAACCCGAACAUGACCCUGUCAGAAUUCAAGUCGAUUUACUAUAUGGAAUGGAUUCACCGGCUCUGGGGCCGGUUCGUCGGAAUGUCCUUUGUGCUACCUGCUGUUUACUUCGUCGCCCGGAAGAAGGUCUCUACGCCAAUGGCGUGGCGUCUUCUCGGUAUUGCUGGUUUGAUUGGAUUCCAGGGUUUCCUUGGAUGGUGGAUGGUCAAGUCCGGCUUGAAGGACGAUCUCUUCGCCCCUGGUAGUCACCCCCGAGUGAGCCAGUACCGCCUGACUGCUCACUUGGGUGCUGCUUUCACUUGCUAUGUUGCCAUGCUGUGGAACGGCCUGGCUAUCUUACGGUCUCAUCGGUUGAUGGCCGAUGCCGCUGCUGGUAUCGAACAGCUGAAUGCGCUGCGUGACCCAAAGCUGGCCUUCUUCCGCCGCUCGGUUGCCGGUAUUGCCUUGUUGGUUUUCACAACUGUCAUCUCUGGUGGCCUCGUCGCGGGCCUUGACGCCGGACUUAUCUACAACGAGUUUCCGUAUAUGGGUAAUGGACUCGCGCCUCCUAGCUCGGAGCUGUUCGAUGCCCGCUAUUCCCGCCACGAGGACCGCUCCGAUCUUUGGUGGCGCAACAUGCUCGAGAACCCUUCUCUUGUUCAGCUUGACCACCGCAUUCUCGCUACAACUACGUUCACCGUCAUUUGUGCCUUGAUGGCCUACACACGCGGCUCACCUGCCAUGAAGCGCUUCCUCCCGGCCCCUGCCAGAAAGGGUGUGCACGGCGUGUUCGCCUUUGCCUGCUGUCAGGUCGGUCUUGGCAUCUGCACUCUGCUCUAUCUCGUUCCCACCCCGCUCGCUUCCGCCCACCAGGCUGGUAGCUUGUUCCUCCUCACCUGGGUCAUGAUUUUGGGAAGCCGUGUGUGGCACCCAACCCGCACAGCCAAGCUUCUGCAGAUGGCCGUGAAGGCUCGUUCUCAGUACCCUACCAGCGCUGUUGCUUCGGCGGUGAAGAGAGUCUAA